ACUAGACACAGUUAUCGGCUGCAAGUGAAAUGAGCUGCCGGCUGAGCAGGGCGCACCAGAACAGAGCCGGAGUGUUUACUCUGUCUGAGCAGAGUUAACUGUCAGAUCAAAGUGCCCUUUGCAGCAUUAUGCUGUGAAACAAAAACCCAACACACUGAAUAUGUCAGGCAGCUAGAGGAGCAGCCAGACCCAUGUCCAAGAUCAGGGUGUGAACAACUUGGGACACAAUGUCUCUCUUGCUGAUAUCCUUCCUUCUAAUUCUUCUGCUUGGGAUUGUGUUGUUAUGUGUCAUUUUCAGGUGGCUCAUGUGCACCCUGGCUGUGCGCCUUUUCCAGACAGCACUAAAUGCCGAUCUAAAGAUCAAAUCAGUAGGCCUGUUUUCUGUCCAAGGAGUUAGUAUCCAAUUUCAUCCCCAGCAUACUCUGGAAAUUGACAGAAUAUGGAUUUCAAGUAAACUUCUGAACCAGGAUUUGCCGAGAUACCUGGCAUUGUGUGUUGGUGAAACCAGAGUUAGGUUUGAUUUGCAAGCACCACCUACACCUUUGGUGAAGAAGAGCCAUGGAAGAAAGUCUGGGAGGAUGUCAGUCAGCCCCACAACGCUACGCUUUCUGUCACAACUGCUGUCAUUCCACAUAAGCUCGAUCAAUGUGAUGGUACUGAACAUAGCACUGUCAGAGUCUCUAUGGCACAUGACCAUUACAGGCAUCACCUUGUUAUUUGACCACCAGGGUAAAAGGCUGGCAUGGGACUUUUCAGUCGGGCAGCUAAGUAGUAAAGUGCUUAAAAGCAGUCAAUUGGAUAUAUGUUUGGCUGAAGUGGCCCUGAGCCUGCUGCUGUCUGGAGAUGUGAGCCUACCAGAGAUGAAGCCAGGUUGUCUGUCCCUGAGUGUGAGGACACUUAUAGCAGAGCUGCACGAGGGACUGUUUCUCAGCCAACUCCUGCUGGCCCCGUCCCCCCAAAAGAGCAUUAACGACGCCUCUGAGUGUGAAAACAUUGAAUUCAUCCAGACUGAGACUGUGGAACGGUUUCAUCAACUGAUUCCCCACAAGGUCAAUGUGGAAUUUGAUAAUACGAAUGUGACUCUGUCAAUGCACAGCCAGAAAAGACACCUCAAUUGGACUCUGAAAUCUUUAAAGGUCUGCUAUGGACGUGGCAGUGAGCAACUUCUUCUUAAAAGCUUCACUCCUGAGCUGAGCUUUCCCCAGAGCAGCCUGGAGCUCCUUCUAGAGGAUGGACUACUCCUCUCACAAAGUAGGCAAAGAAUCCUUUGUGUGAACACUCUCAAGGCAGCCCUGCAGGUUACAUCAGUUGACAUCUCAGGGUCAUUCACAGUCAACACUUGCAUCAUCCACUACCGUCACCAGGAGUUCUCCCAUUGGCUAAACCUAUUUCCAUGGGAACAGCUAAUCCACAGGAAGGCAGCACAUAGAAAAAGUCCGUUAGAUUAUUUGCCCACCCUCCUUUUCCUCAGGCGCCUCCCUCACAUCGAUGCUCCCGUGAUGAUCACAUCCUCUGUGUCCAACGUUAAUGUGUCUGUUCAGCUGGGAGACACAACGCCUUUUGCUCUAGGCUUCCUCUCUGCCAGUGCAGAACUUCAGCAUCUUCUUGACAUUAAAGUUGACCAGCCAGAGUCCCAGAAUGUGCACCAGCGUGCGUCAUUGUCCCUGGACAACUUCUGGUGGAGAGUGGGUCAAGGGUCUCAUAUCCAACAAGCACCCCACCCUCCUGGUAAACAUGUGUGGGGAGAAGCGCUAAUUUUAGACUCGCUCAGUCUUCAGGGGAGUUUCAACAGACCCCACAUGGAGUCGAGUAGCCAGUCUCAGAGUUUGAGCAUGGAGUCCAGUCUGAAAGGGCUUCAAGUGGAGCUUUCAGAGACUUGUGCACUGUGUCUGUCUCGCCUGCUGUCCCUCAUCUGUGUUCCCCGUGAUCCGGGGCCACAGCUGUCAGAUGUGGCCUCACUGUCUCCCCCUAGUGAUGAUACUGUCCCACCCAUCCCGUCCUCACAACUACACCUGCUGUUUAAACUGGACUGUUGUCUGGAGGAUGUUAAUGUGUUCACACUAUCUAAUCUGGCAGGAGCCGUGUCUUUGCGGAUGGACACUGUUGGACUCCUGAGCUCUGCAGAGAGCUCCACGGUGUCUCUUCAAGGUGUUAGCUUGUUAGCGAUCAAAACACUCACAGAGAACAUGGAAUCAUGUUGUCCCGCCUCCCAAACCCCCAACCCUGUGCUUAAACUCACCGCGAUAGCCUUUUCCUACCACAUCACCACCCACACCUUACAGGUUCAAUGUGAAGAGGAGCUCACUGUCGAAUGGACGCCACCAGACCACAUGGUCUUAUAUCAGCACAUGACUGAAGCUCAGGCUUGUUGGCGAAUGCUUUGCAGAGAGAAAGGAGAGGAAAGUCCAGUCAAACCUACUGAGAGUGAAACCAUUUCAGGCCAGAGUAGAGGGCUCUGUGUGCGUGUUGAACUGGGCUGCACUCGUUUGACAGCCCAUGUUAGUGAGCAGAACUAUAUUCUCCUGCACACAGAAGCCCUCUCAGUCUCCAAGCAUACUAGUUCCAUGCACAUACGUUCUCCCUCCGUGAUCUUCAACUUUGAUGGCAACAACAUCGUCUCCUUUAAAGGUCUAGAUGUUGAAACACAAGCAGAGCUGACUGAGAUGCAGCUUCACAGAGACACCUUCCCCUUCCUCACUACUCCUCACAACUGUGUCUGGGUCCUCACUUGCCCCUCUCUGGCUGUCGAGUUCCCCUACCAGUACAAUUUCUCAAACACCUUUGACAUGGCCAUCAGUGUGCAGAAGUGGCUGAAGACUCUGCAUCGCUCCAAAAGCCAAGCCACUACCGUUCAAUGUCUGCCUCCUGACCUCGUGUUCAAAAUCAACCAGUUCUCGUUUGUCUUCCUGGAUGACAUCUUUGAAAUCAAGCUGCGAGACAACUACGAACUAAUGAAGGACGAGAGUAAGGAAAGUGCGAAGCGUCUUCAGCUUCUGGAUAAGAAGGUGGCAGACUUGCGCAAGCAGCAUGGAGAACUUCUCCCUGCCAGAAAGAUUGAAGAGCUGUACAGUUCACUGGAGAAAAAGCACAUAGAGAUCUACAUCCAGCGCUCACACCGCCUUUACGCCAACACACCCAUGAGGAAGUCCCUGCUGACCUGGACUGUGUCAGACUUGGAACUAGUAGCCCUGGCUGAUGAGUCUCUUCAUGGGCCUGAGAGGGUGAGAGAGCAGCUUAGGGACAUCGACAGGAUCAGUCCCUUCCCCAAAGAUGGACUCCCUCUGGUGGUCCAGUGGUGCCGCGCUGUCAAGUUUAAACUGGCUGCAUUUUUGGUGAGAAUUCGGGAUUACCCUCGCUACCUGUUCGAGAUCCGGGACUGGGAGCUGUCAGGGCGUCUGAUUGGGACAGAGCAGGAUGGACAGGCCAGGGCUCAUCGCAAAGAGAUUGUCCCACUUGGUCCACCGUGGGGAGAUGUGACGGUCCACAGGAAUAUGCCACCACUCAAGUUCUACUAUGAUUUCAAAUCUAACAUCUCCCUGUACACUAUUGUGUGGGGGCCAUGUUGGGACCCUGCCUGGACUUUGAUUGGCCAGUCCGUUGACCUGCUGACCAAACCCACUGUUGAUCCCUCUCCUCCUCUGGCCUGGUGGGACAAAAGUCGUCUCCUUAUGCAUGGGCGCUGGGUUAUGGACAUUGAUCAGGCCAAUCUUCAUCAGCUGGCUACAGAGGACCCUUACAACACUACAGAAAACCUGCACUGGGAGUGGAAUAAGCUGAACUUUGACUGGAACCCAGGGCAGUUUGUUUUUAAAGGAGAUUUGGAUGUAAAUGUCAGGACAGCAUCAAAGUAUGAUGAUAUCUGUUUUCUACACCUGCCCAACCUGUGUAUGACCCUUGACCUCCAAUGGCUUUGCCAUGGCAACCCUCAUGACCACCAUGCUGUAAUGCUCUGCUGUGCGGAGAACAUUGCAGACGUGACCUCAGGACAACCUCAUGACUCCUACAGAGCAUUUCGCUCUGAGAACCUCAACCUCUCCAUCACCAUGGACCUUAACCAGCACUGUGGCACAGAACCCCCGCAGCCUAGAAUCCUGCUGUACAGCAGCACUCUGCGCUGGAUGCAGAACUUUUGGGCCACCUGGACAGGUGUAUCUCGACCAAUCUGCAGAGGCAAGCUCUUCCACAGCCUCAGGCCUGUCCGCAAGAAGCUCGGUCAGCACUACAAACAGAUGUCCUACACAGCUGCCUUCCCACAAUUACAAGUGCAUUACUGGGCCUCCUUCGCCCAGCAGAGAGGUAUCCAAGUGGAGUGCAACAAAGGCCAUGUCUUCACUCGAGGGGCACAGAGACUUAUCCCACAGGCUGGCACUGUGAUGAGGAGGCUGAUCUCUGAAUGGAAUGUGACUCAGAUGGUUAGUGAGUUAUCUCAGGUCACGGUUCACCUGAUGGCCUCCACUUGGGAUGAGACAGCUGACCACCAGAUCAACGCUCAGGUGAAGAAGACUCACCUGCUCAGCCUGUCCUCCCUGAGCUACCAGCGACAGAGCAACCGUAUGGAGGAGGAGGUGAACCAGACGGAUGAGACUAAUGCCUCUUACACUCACAAACUGCGGCUGGUGGACCUACGUGCUUCCUGGACCACCCCUAACAGGAACAUAGCCUUUGGGCUGUACGACGGUUAUAAAAAGGCAUCUGUACUGAAGAGGAACCUCUCCACUGAAGCUUUGAAGGGUCUGAGGAUCGACACACAGCUGCAGACCAAGAAGCUCAAACGCUCUCCUUCUAACUACUCUCCCACCACAGCCCCUACCACACCAGUUAUGCCCACUAUCAGUCGAACAGAAAAAAGUCAAAAUGAAGGAACAUCGAUGCUCCAGAAAUUGAUUGAGGAAACAGACAAGUUUGUGGUGUUUUCGGAGGAGGACUCAGGUGUCAGCGACCAGCUGUGUGGCAUCGCAGCCUGUCAGACCGAUGAUGUCUAUAAUCGCAACUGGUUUAUCGAGUUGGUCAACUGUCAGAUGAUGUUGCGUGGCACAGAGACAGCAGGCUGUGUGCUGGUGUCUGCAGCAAAGGCUCAGCUGCUCCAGUGUGAGCACCACCCUGCCUGGUACAACGACACCCUGAAGCAGAAAACCACCUGGACCUGUCUGCUGGAUGGCAUGCAGUACUUUGCCACCAUGGAGCCAAGCCCAUCUGAGCAAGAAGAUAGACAGUUGUGGCUGGAGGUGAAAAACAUAGAGGAGCACAGGCAGCGUAACCUAGACUCAGUGCUGGAGCUGAUGGAGAGUGGCCAGGCUGUGGGAGGAAUGGUUAGCACCACUACAGAUUGGAACCAGCCAGCCCAGGUGAACGAGGCUCAACAGGUUCAGCGUAUCAUCUCACGUUGUAGCUGCCGAAUGCACUACAUCAGUUACAGUCACGACAUCAACCCAGAGGUGGCCACACAAAUCAAACCACCAGAGCUGAGGAAUAACCAUGAGAAAGAGGACCUGCUGAAAAAACAGGCUGGGGCUGUGGACACCUUCACCCUCAUUCACCAUGAUCUUGAGAUAUCCACUAACCCUGUUCAGUACGCUAUGAUCCUGGACAUCGUCAACAACCUGUUGUUACACGUGGAGCCGAGACGCAAGGAGCACAGUGAGAAAAAGCAGCGUGUGCGUUUCCAGCUGGAAAUUUCUAGCAACCCUGAGGAGCAGCGCAGCAGCAUCUUGCACCUCCAGGAGGCAGUCAGGCAGCACCUUGCCCAGAUUAGACGCCUUGAGAAACAGAUUUACUCCAACAUCAGGGCCCAACCCGAGGAACUGAGCGGUGAUGAGCUGAUGGAGAUCAACACCAGACUGCAGAACCAGCUAAACCAGGAGAAGAAUGACAUGCAGAUGAAGAGUGAAGAGCUCAACAUUCUCAUCAGGUGUUUUAAAGACUUCCAGCUGCAACGGGCAAACAAGCUAGAGCUGCGUAAGCCCCCAGAGGAUGUUAGUGUGGUGAGGAGAACUGAGAUCUAUUUUGCCCAGGCCCGCUGGUGUUUGACCGAAGAGGACGGCCAGCUUGGCAUUGCUGAGUUGGAGCUGCAGAGAUUCAUGUACAGUAAGCUGAACAAGUCUGAUGACACAGCCGAGCAUCUUUUGGAGUUAGGGUGGUUCACAAUGAACAACCUACUGCCCAAUGCAGCAUACAAGCGUGUGAGGGUUGUACUUCGUCCUCAGAGCAACUGUCAGUCAGGACGCCAGUUUGCUUUGCGUAUCUUCAGUAAAGUGCGCCCCCCUGUGGGGGGAAUCUCUGUUAAGGAACACUUUGAGGUGAACGUGGUGCCUCUCACCAUCCAGCUGAUGUACCAGUUCUUCAAAAGGAUGAUGGGAUUUUUCUUCCCAGGAAGAAAUGUUGAGGAGGAGGAGGUCACUGAUGAGGAAGACAAGUUUAGAUUGGUUACCACAGGAAUCCCUGUCAAGCCUCGGCAGUCGUCAGAGGACACAAUGGGUGCUAUGGGCCCCAGCAAAGGUGUCGCCCAGGGACUGAACCGCACUGCGGGGGUCAGGAGGUCAUUCAGGAAACCUCCAGAGCAUCCUGUUGAUGACAUUGAUAAGAUGAAGGAGCGAGCUGCUAUGAACAACUCCUUCAUCUACAUCAAGAUUCCCCAAGUGCCCCUCUGUGUCAGCUAUAAGGGAGAAAAGAGUAGUGUGGACUGGAAGGACCUGAACCUGGUUCUCCCCUGUUUGGAGUACCAUAACAACACCUGGACGUGGCUUGACUUUGCCAUGGCUGUGAAAAGAGACAGCCGGAAAGCACUUGUAGCACAGAUGAUAAAGGAGAAGCUGCGUCUGAAGCCAGCUUCAGGCUCAGACCUGCGGGGGAAAUCGUCUGAAGGGAAGUCGGACAGCAGCCUGCAGCAGCAGGAGGAAGAUGAGAAGGCACGGCUCCUCAUCGGCCUCAGCACUGCAGACAAGAGCUCCAGCAAGAAGAGCAUCUUCAGUCGACGCAAGUGAAGCAACAAACACUCACACCACACAUUCACACCAUGUCAGAACUUGAGUGGAUGAGCAGCUGCCACACUCCCUCAGUAGGGGGAUCAGGGAAAAAGCAGACUGCCUCUUGGGGGUCAGAAUAUCAGUCUGGCUUUGUGAAUCUCAUUGAAAAAGAGAGAUGGUGGAGGAUUUCAAAUAGUUUUGGGGGAUACCUUACUGUAUCAUAUGAGCCUGCUGAAUUUAAAGUAAAAAUCUGGAGUUUUUGUUGGAAAAAAUACUCCUGAUGUGUCUCAGAUUUGAGUUUACGGCCAAAAUCCCUGCAGGGAACUCAAACAGCUCCAGGGUUACCAGGGUGCCAUUUUGACCAAAAUAUAUAUUAUCUUGUUAAUUUGUGUGCUAUUAAAAUUUCUCUCAUUGAUUCAUCAUUUCUCAUUUCGUACACUCUGCAACUUUCAAAAUAAUUACCACUUACGUUGCCUUUCAAUGUAGCGAGGACGUUUUUCAGUGUGUAGCUAGCACUUCACUGUUACUGUUUCCUGGGCUUCCUGCUGGCUCAGGAACACUGUUAACGCUUGUUAGAAGUCUGCUAGAAUAAAUAGCACUCAAUUGAAAGCACCUUCAAUGCUGCCAGCUGUAAAAAAUAGUUUGAAAUUCCAUAAAUAAAUCUAUCAGAAAUGUUUUAUCAAUUACCGCUUAAAGAAAGUGUAUAUGGCUGUAUGACUGUCACUGACAGGAAGGCCUGUUCUCACAAAUGACCACAAAAGAUGCUAUUUUAUUUUAUAUUUUACCUUCUGCAUCCCUCAGCUAGCUGUUUGACUGUAUCUCACCCCAGUGAAAUACAUCUAGUACUGAGCAGCAGAAACGUGUUAAUGUGAUGUAUAAAGUGGCACUUGGUUUGAUGGUAUUGUUGCAAAAAAACAAAUAUGUUGCAGUUAAUAGCUGAGUGUAUGUUUUGUAAUUUUAUUACUAAAGCACUUUUUUUAUGCAAAGUAUUUUGUAUUUUUGUAACCACUGUUGUUUUCUGUUGAGUUACUUGUAUAACUGUGCUGCUAAGCCUGAUGUUUCAGUCACAUUUCUAUUAAGAAGAAGAAGAAAAAAUGCCCUGAACAUUUCAAUUAAACGGUUCAUAUCGCAAAAGCAGAUGUAUUCACAUUUCUAUCACCUCUGUUGCUUAUUGUUUAUCUGUCAAUAAAAAGUGUUAUAGUCUCUAA